AUGGCUCGCAACAAUGACUGGUUUCAAAGUUCCAGAGUACCCAGCUUUGCUCAGAUGCUAAAAAAGAACUUGCCCACUGAACCGCCGCCUCAAGCCCCUCCUCAGCCAUCUUCACACCCUGUGAAUAUGGGCCUGAUGUUUUCAUCUUCUGAAAAUUACAACAUGCCAAAUUCAGCACGUAAGGUGACACACAUCACAGGUCAUGUUUCAGACUUGCUAUGUUCCAAAGCAGCCCAUCCACCUCCAAUCACUUCACUUCUUCCAAAGAAAAUACCAAAGGAGUUUAUACUAAAAUAUAAACGUGGGGAGAUAAACCCAGUAUCUGCCUUGCAUCAAUUUGCACAAAUGCAGCGUGUGCAACUAGAUUUGAAGGAAACUGUUACAACAGGCAACGUCUUAGGGGCUUACUUUGCUUUUUGUGCAGUGGUGGAUGGAGUUCAAUAUAAGACAGGAUUGGGGCAAAAUAAAAAGGAGUCUAAAUCAAAUGCAGCAAAACUGGCUCUUGAUGAGCUACUCCAGUUGGACGAUACAGGACCAAAGGUUUUUGAAAGUUCAGGUCCUCCUCGGAUUCCUGCAGAACCCAUAGUUUCAGCUGAAUCAACAUACAUUUCAAAGAUGCCUUAUGAGAGAAGGCAUCUUGUGUAUGAAAAAUUUUCACGAGCUGUCAGGGAAACCUUUAACAGUCUGACUGCCAAAUAUCCCAAGUACCAGAGUUGUAGCAAUUCAUUGGCUGCUUUUAUAAUUGAAAAAGCUGGACACUAUGAAGUUGUAGCUCUUGGCACAGGAGAAUUCAAUUACAGUCAGUGCAUUCAUCAUGAUGGGAGAGUGUUGCAUGACACUCAUGCUGCUGUUACUGCAAGACGCUCUCUGCUUAGGUAUUUUUACAGGCAGCUUUUGUUAUUCUACAGUAAAAAUCCUAUUAUGAUGGACAAAUCCAUAUUUUGUAUGGAACCAGCAUCAAGCCUACUCAGUUUAAAACAAAAUAUAAAUAUUUUUCUCUACAUGAAUCAGUUGCCAAAAGGAUCUGCUCAGAUAAAGUCACAGUUACGUCUCAAUCCAAAUUCUAUAUCUGCAUUUGAAGCUAAUGAAGAGCUUAGUCUCCAUCUUGCUGUGGAAGGCAAGAUUUACCUAACUGUUUAUUGUCCCACUGAAGCUGCUAACAGAGUAAACAGCAUGUCAGCUAGUGACAAAUUAACCAGAUGGGAAGUGCUGGGUGUCCAGGGAGCAUUGCUAAGUCACUUCAUUCAGCCAGUUUACAUCAGCAGUAUACUUGUUGGGGAUGGAAACUGCAGUGAUACAAGAGGACUAGAAAUAGCUAUAAAACAACGUGUUGAUGAUGCACUCACAUCAAAGCUUCCCAUGUUUUACCUGGUCAACAGACCUCAUAUUAGUUUGGUGACUGCUACGCAUCCAGUUCAGAUAGACUUGGAGCACAGAUCUCUUAGUGUGAAUUGGUCACAAGGGGACACUUCAUUAGAAGUUGUGGAUGGUUUCAAUGGGAAAAUCACUGAAAGUUCACCAUUCAAAAGUGGCACUUCAAUGGCAAGCCGUCUUUGCAAGGCUGCAAUGUUAAAUCGUUUCAAACUGGUUUCUAAGGAAGCGAAAAGAAGAGAUUUGCUUGAAGCUAGUACAUAUCAUGAAGCAAAGAUUAAGUCAACACUCUACCAGGAAGCUAAACAUUUGCUGAAAAGCUACCUAGAGCAGUAUGGCUAUGGAUCAUGGAUUGUGAAGUCUCCGCAUAUUGAACAGUUCAGCAUGUAA